AUGAUUAAAGAUAUAAAUCCACACAAACUUUCAAAAAGCUCAGUUUGUAAGUUAACAUAUCCAGGUAAGAGAGCAGAGGAAAUUGCAAACGAGUUUCAAUCGGCGCAUGUCCACUCUCCUCCCACAGAAGUAAUUAUACACGCUGGUACUAACAACAUAAUCACCGACUCUAGCAAAGAAUGCUUCGAUAAUAUUCAGCUUCUAAGUUUCAGAAUAAAGAGCACGUUUAUGGAAGCUAGAAUCGCGAUAUCCAGCCUUAUAACGAGAGAGGAUAUUGAUGUAACAUUAAAGACACAAGAAACGAAUGAGUUAUUAAAGGAUCUAUGCUCAAAAGAGGGCUAUAUCUUAUAUUGA